GUGUUCGCGCGCGCGCCGCGCGCCGCCUGCCCGCUCGCCUUCCGCGUGGAGCCCUUCACCGACUACGGCUCCUCGCUCACCGUCUCGCUGCCCGCCGCCCUGCAGCCGCACCAGCCCUUCCAAAUCGUCGUGCGCUACACCACGGCCGACGGGCCCGCCAUUUGGUGGCUGGAUCCGGAGCUGACGUAUGGCAACGCCAAGCCGUUCGUCUUCACGCAGGGCCACUCCGUGUGCAACCGCUCUUUCUUCCCCUGCUUUGACACACCAGCAGUGAAAUGCACCUAUUCAGCUACUGUUAAGGCUCCAGCAGGCAUCCAGGUGCUGAUGAGUGCUACUCAAAGUAGCUACUUAGAAGAGGAGGGUGUAUACCAGUUUUACAUGGAAUAUCCAGUUCCUGCCUACCUAGUGGCCCUGGUGGCAGGAGAUCUUAUACAUGCAGACAUAGGUCCAAGGAGCAGAGUGUGGGCAGAGCCUUGCCUGCUGCCGACAGCCAUCAGCAAGCUUUCCGGCAUGGUAGAGCGUUGGCUGAGCRCUGCAGAGAGUCUGUAUGGGCCUUAUAUAUGGGGAAGAUAYGACAUUGUUUUUCUUCCUCCAUCCUUCCCUAUUGUUGCCAUGGAAAACCCAUGCCUGACCUUCAUCAUCUCUUCCAUUCUGGAGAGCGAUGAGUUUCUAAUAAUUGAUGUCAUUCACGAAGUUGCGCACAGCUGGUUUGGAAACGCCGUCACCAACGCGACCUGGGAGGAGAUGUGGCUGAGUGAGGGGCUGGCCACGUACGCCCAGCGCCGGAUCACCACCGAGACCUAUGGAGCUGCCUUCACGUGCUUGGAGACUGCAUUCCGCCUUGAUGCUCUGCACAGACAGAUGAAGCUCCUUGGAGAAGACAACCCUGUGAGCAAGCUGCAGGUUAAACUGGAGCCAGGUGUAAAUCCUAGUAAUUUAAUGAACCUCUUCACCUAUGAGAAAGGCUACUGCUUUGUUUACUACCUGUCCCAGCUCUGUGGAGACCCAAGGCACUUUGACUCCUUCCUAAGAGCCUACAUUGAGAAAUACAAAUUUACCAGUGUGGUGGCUCAAGAUCUUCUGGAUUCCUUCCUGAAUUUUUUUCCGGAGCUGAAAGAGCAAUGUGUUGAGAGCAAAGCAGGGCUGGAGUUUGAACGUUGGCUCAAUGCUACAGGACCUCCGUUAGCUGAGCCAGAUUUAUCUCAGGGAUCCAGUCUGACCAGACCAGUUGAGAAUCUCUUUAAACUCUGGACCACUGAGCCGCUGGAUUCUGCUGCUGCCGCCAGCAGUGCUGACCUCACUAAAUGGAGGACGUUUCAAACUGUGCUGUUCUUGGACAGAUUGCUGGAUGGGUCACCACUGCCACAUGCGGUGAUAAAAAAGCUUUCGGAAUGUUACUCCUCUCAGCUGGACUCCAUGAAUGCAGAGAUCCGUAUCCGCUGGCUGCAGAUCGUAGUCCGAAAUGACUAUUAUCCAGACCUUUACAAAGUCCGUCGCUUCUUGGAAAACCAGAUGUCUCGGAUGUACACAAUUCCACUUUAUGAGGACCUUUGCACUGGCACCCUGAAGUCUUUUGCCUUAGAAAUUUUUUACCAGACCCAAAACCAGCUGCACCCCAAUUUGCGGAAAACCAUCCAGCAGAUCUUAUCCCAGGGCUUGAAUCCGCUUCCUGCCAUAGACACUGCAGCAGUCACUACAGACACACCAGCAAUGGUGCUCGAGGACAAAGUCUCAGAGGCCACUAACGGUGCCAUUUCACUCAGGGAUGUUAAUGUGUCUGCUUAGAUCAUCACCAGCUCAUGCCAGCCAUGAAGCUUGAAAAUGGGGACAGGAACAGAGGAAGGAUGCAGUGUGUCACCUCUUUCCCUCAGCCCUGCAGCUGCCGUGUAUUGGUGUAACUGGAUUUCUUUUCCCAAAACACAAAACAAAUGUGCCUUCAAGUACACAGCAUGUGACACUGCCAGGCUUCAGAGAUCUCCUUCAGCUGUGGGAUGGAUGUUUUGGGUUGGUUUGUACAGAGCAGGGACACCGGGGUGGUUGUUUCUCCAGGGAAAGUGGAUUCCCGAGGCUCUUCGGGAAAGUGGAUCCCCUCUCAUUCCCGAGGCUCUUCGGGAUGAUUUCUCUGAGUUUCCUUUGUCUGAGGCUACUGAGGCCCAUCCUGCUUGCUGUGUGUAUGUUGCUGGGGAGUGUAUACGUAUCUGCUAUUAUCCUGAUAUUUGGAGCAGGGGUCUGCAAAGGAGAGACUCAGGAAUUUUAAGUGGCAGGAAAAUGUUUUCAUGUUAUGCUCCUUACUGUGACAGAAGUGUUGUGAUUUGGGAGGUAGGGGACUAAUGCUUAAAUAAUUGAGUAACUAAUUUUAAAUGGUGCCUGGGUUUUUUCCCCAGAUG